UUCUUGGCUCUGGAAUUCUCUCUCUAGGUUGUUUCGCUCUUGUUUUGAGAGAACGGAGUUUAAAAAGCAGUGCGUUUUGUGGAACGGGUCUGUUUUGAGCCCCAUGGUCAUUGUUAGCUAAUGCAUGGGUCCUUCCACAUGCCUCAUUUUGCUCUUGGCUACAUGAAGCUCUGCUGGACAAAGGCCUUCUUUGGCAGGUUGGUUUGAGAUGUGGUUAAUGCAGUGCUGAGACCCCCAGCUCCACCCUUCUUGGGUUGUCUGUGGGUCCAAAAAGAGAUGGUGAGAAAAACUGAAAUGGAACAGAUCUAUGCAGCCAGGAUUACUAGCCUCCGUGCUAAUGAUCUCACUCACAAAAUACCCAGUGCAUAUGUGAAUCAUGAAAGGAAAUGCUUGCAGUGCAUGCAGGUAGUCCUUGGCUUACAACAGUUCAUUUAGUGACCGUUUGAAGUUGCAACAGCGCUGGAAAAAGUGACACAACCAUUUUUCACACUUAUGGCUGUUGCAGGGAUCCCUGUGGUCGCACCCAAAGACACGAUGGAUGAACCAAGAUGCUGAAGAGAUCGGCUGCACGUUGGGAGCUUUUGCCCUGAGGGACUGGAGUGUGAAAGGAGCACAAGAUGAAAAUGCUUCCCGGUGUCGGGGUAUUUGGGACCGGGAGCUCGGCCCGUGUGCUGGUCCCUCUGCUGAGAGCAGAAGGUUUCUCCAUUGAAGCUCUAUGGGGGAAGACUGAAGAGGAAGCCAAACAGCUCGCGGAGGAAAUGAACAUUUCCUUCUACACAAGUCGGACAGAUGAUGUUUUGCUGCACCAGGAUGUAGAUCUGGUUUGCAUCAACAUUCCCCCGCCGCUAACGCGACAAAUUGCAGUGAAGGCUCUAGGAAUUGGAAAGAACGUAAUCUGUGAGAAAGCAGCUACCUCUCUCGAUGCUUUUAGGAUGGUCACGGCUGCUAGGUAUUACCCCAAACUCAUGAGCAUCGUGGGCAACGCUCUGCGCUUUCUACCCGCGUUUGUCAGAAUGAAGCAGCUACUCGACGAAGAGUACGUCGGCAGCAUCCUGGUCUGUGACGUCCGAGUGUAUUGGGGAAGCCUCCUCAGCCAGAAGUACAACUGGAUUUGCGAUGAGUUAAUGGGCGGGGGCGGCCUCCACACGAUGGGCACCUACAUCAUAGACUUGCUGACCCAUCUCACAAGCCAAAAGGCCGAGAAGGUCCACGGGCUGUUGAAAACGUUCGUCAAGCAGAACUCGGCCAUCAGCGGCAUCCGCCACGUCACCAGUGAUGACUUCUGCUUCUUCCAGAUGCUGAUGAAAGGAGGCAUCUGUAGCACGGUGACGCUGAACUUCAACAUGCCCGGGUCUUUUGUUCAUGAGGUCAUGAUCGUAGGCUCCGCGGGCCGUCUUAUUGCUCGCGGGAUGGACUUAUACGGCCAGAAGAACUCUGCUCCCCAGGAAGAGCUGUUAUUUAAGGACUCCCUGAAUAUCCACGCAGAGCUUUCCGAGAAAGAAUUCAAAGACAUCCCACUUCUGUACCUCAAAGGGAUGGUCUACCUGGUGCAAGCUCUCCGCCUUUCCUUCCAGGAUCAGGAAGACCAGCGGACCUGGGAUCCCAAACCGGUGGCCAUGGCAGCUUCCUUUGACGAUGGUCUCUAUAUGCAAAGUGUCGUAGAUGCCAUUAAAAAGUCCAGCAGGUCUGGAGAAUGGGUAACGGUGGAGGAGAUGAUUGAAGAGCCCGAUGCCAACCAAAACCUCUGUGAGGCGCUGCAGAGAAAUAACUUAUAGCGCAGAUAUUCCUGCAAAGCAGAACAAUUGGAAGCAGAAGGGGGGGGUAGGUGGAAUGGCACGGAAGCAGGGAAAAAGAGGAAGGCUAUAUGUGUGUAAAGCGGGGGGGGGGAGCCUUUGGUUUUUAAUCUGGGAGAAUUUUAAAUGUGGCAGAUGUACGUGUCUUUGGUUGCUUAAAUUUAAUAACUUGGGUGUUAUUAGGAAAACUUGAAUUGUCAGUUGCACUCAGCGGGCAGGAGCUCUCCCCCCCCCCCCGCCCUGUCCCCCUACAAGACGAGAGCUUUUGGGGUGCACGGCUCUCUUCCGCGCCCAGCUCACGUACUAAUGCAAGUUAAUUAAUGCAAUGCAACAUAAUCGGCAUGUCAUGCUAGAGAAUGCCGAUUGUUGUUUUUAAAAUAGGAAUGGGGGUGGUGUUUUUUUACAGCUCUUUCAGGGGAAACCGCUUCCCCGAAGGAACACAAGGAGCUGGUCCUUUAAGAGGAUUAGAAGGGACAGAUAUAGGUAUCUCUUUGUAGAUAUACAAGACUUUGCUACAAUUCAGGGAUAAACCGGUAAAGAUCAUGUUCAUUCUUUCCUAUAUGUAAGGAUGGGAGGGUGUGUGUGAAGGUAGAGAGGAUUUAAAAUUAAGUUCCUUCCCUUGGAAACACACGCACAGAUACACACACCAAAAAAGACCCCCUGCUUUUUGCACAAACAGGGUGAACUUGGAAGUGACCGUCUAUAUCUAUUUUGCAUCUUUUUCUUGAAUGCUUUUGCUUUAUUUUAGCUGACAAAACACCAGAUGGGACGCAUCUGUUGCUGUUUGGGCAUCUCAGUACCCUUGUUGGCACGAGGGUUGUACAAGACUCUGCCCUUUCUUUCCAUCCAAUCUUCUCUGCCUUUUUUUUUUCCAUGCUAGCUAGCCAAAUCACACCGAUGUUGAUUGCUUGGCAAGCGCAAAAACAACCUCCCGUAGCCAGCUUUGCUGGUGAGAAUUUUCGGCUGUUUAAACGAAGCAAGGAAGGGAAGCCGAGCUUGGAAAACAUAUCCGAGUUACCCUUAAACUGUAAUCUGGUAGGGUUUGGUGUUUGUUGGAGACAAUCCAAGAUAAACAGCAGUUUAGUGAAUUGAAGCAAACUGGUUCCUUUGCCUUUCCCCCCAUUUUUAUGCUGUAGGAUCUCUGAAAGAGAUCUUUUAUUACCAGAAUUCAAAGAAAAACAACCCCUAACUUUUUAAUGAAACGUCGUUUACUUGAAUGUUAUUUUAUUUUUCUUAACAUUGUUUUCCUACUGGGUUUUAAUCCUGUAAAUUAAGAUAAAGCAUUAACAAGCCUG